UCCAAAAACUUAGUGAGAAGAGUACCAUUGUCUUAUGCAAAUUUAUUUAAUGUGUGGCUUAAUAAAAGUAGAUUCUCCUAUCUGACUUCUGCAUAUCACACGGCAUAUAAUACACUCUGGAGAGAAUUUGAAAGUAAAGUCAUGUCUUAUUAUGAAAGCAAUUCUCACCACAUGGACCCUUUAGCGGUUUGCAAUUCUCACCACAUGGACCCUUUAAUGGUUUUAGACAUACGCAGGAGUCCCUGGACCAUAUUUUAAGAACCUCUGAUUUAGAUUAUCUUUAUAAAGUCUCCACAGCAGCCUAGUAUGCGAACGUUCCAUAUGUUUUUUGUAGCUGGAAUGAUUUGAGUUCCUUUGAAAGUAACAUUUUGUUGUCUUUAAUCCUUUGGAAGCUUGCAGGAUUCUAUUUUCUGAAAGCUAAAAAUCUUUACCAAACCAGACAGAGCAGUGCACAGAUCAGACUCUGCAGCCCCAGAAGAUGAGGAACUGCCUCAAAUCCCCCACCUCAAAUGACAUCUCCCUGCUUCUGAGUCUCAGUCUGCCCAGGCAAGGGGAAGAGCCAGAUCAGGAGCCGCCACCAUAUCGACAAGUGCCAGUUCCAGUCUAUCAUCCAACACCUAGGCAGACUGGCCUAACAACCCAGCUGACUAAAGAGGAACAAAUUAGAAUAGCUCAAAGAAUAGGCCUUAUCCAGCAUCUGCCUAAGGGAGUUUAUGACCCUGGAAGAGAUGGAUCCGAGAAGAUGAUCCGGGAGUGCAUGAUCUGUAUGAUGGACUUUGUUUAUAGGGACCUAAUUUGAUUUCUGCCGUGCAUGCACAUCUAUCACCUGGACUGUAUAGGAUGGUUGAUGAGAUCCUUCACGUGUGUCUCCUGCAUGAAGCCAGUUGAUGCAGCAGUGCUUUCAUCCUACGAGACUAACUGAGCCAGAAUCUCUGACUUCAAGUGAACCAUCAUUUUUGGGUGGUUAUUAUCUUUUGUCAUUGAGCCCAAAGAGCCAGGGCUUAGGAAUUAAGAUCAUGCACAAAAGGUUCUUUAAAAUUCCUGGAUGGCUACAGGUGUUGGGGGAAAGUAUGUGAUAUUUUAGAAACUUAGUGGGAAAAGUAGGAUGGUAUUUUUAUGUAAAGCCUUAAUCCAGUGUUUAAAAAUAUAAUUGUAUUUAAAUCUUGUUAUCGUUCCAGUACACAGGAAUUGUGUAAAGUGUUACAGCCGCUGCAUAUGUUUAAAUUGUGUGUUGAAGAUUAGGAAAAGAUAGUGGGUAUUUUUCCUAAAUGAAAUAACUUUUUUCUUCCCCCUCGCCCAAAUUCUUUUCUGAAGUUGCUGGCAUUCAAGGGUCAAGGUUUUAUUAAAAGCUACAUUUUACAACACUGGCACAAAAAACGGUAGUUUUAAGCUUGUUUGCACAGUUCUUUUUUUUCCAUUGGAAAUGGAAUUCAUUGCCUUAGGUCUUUUUAAAUAGCAUAUUAUUAUUGUUGGGGCUGGCUCUCUGCUUGGGGCAAAUCUCUGUAAGAAUAUAGCAGAAGUUUUCUACCUUCUUCUGUAGAAAGGAUGAGACCUAGAUAAUAAAAGUGAAAGGAAGAGCAGGACACUAUAGUUCUUAGCAGCUGAUUGGACAAAGAAUAUCAGGGAAUGAAAAGCAAAGUGCUUACGCAUAUUUUUCGUGGUUACUUCUAAAGAUUCAAUUGUUUAGAGAUGGCAUUUUAAGGGAAUUAUGCAGGAGUGGUUGGUGGUGUAAUCAGAAUUAACCUCUUUCAGGGAUUUGGGGAGAUAAGAAAACCUUAGCUACCUAAAGCUAUUUACAUAUUAAUUUCCCAUGGGAAUAGUGCCUACAAAGUUGGUGUUUUUUUCUCAUUCACACUAGUAGGGAAUCUUCAACUUUCAAUGGCAAUUUACUUUUUUUCUUAAACAUUCUUUC